GCAAGACUGACUUCUGACAGUUUAGUUUUCUUUCAUGCAAUGACCAUCAUUGCAGGCUUCCAUGGCCUUUAGAACGUAUCACGCGUUUCUGCUCAGAAUCAUGAACGACUGGUGCCCUUCGGUUAGCCCGUAUCCUGCAGGCAGUCUCCUACCAGUCUAUUAGUGCAUACAUUACACUCCAAGCUCGUCAAAUAUCCGGCUAGCCAUGGUCUACCGUGGUAAACCAAGUGGAGGGUGCAACACUUGCCGCGCGAGAAAAGUCAAGUGCGAUGAAACAAGACCCGUCUGUCUACGCUGUACUAAAGCUAGGCGUACCUGCGCCGGUUAUCGGGAUCAACUUUCACUGUGGUUCAAAGACGAAAGCGACGCUACUGUGCAGAAAGUCAAGGCACUGGAGAAGUCGGGCUCGGACGAUUCGGCCCCGCCACCAACGGCCGUUGCUGCGAUACGACAGGCGGCUGCCCAAGUAUAUCGCCUGCAGCACCUGACCUUCUCGAUCCCCGUCUUCAACUUUGCGCUGGACCACAUCUUCCAAGCCACCUGUCUGUUCCUCAAGUCAUAUUCAUGGCUCAAUGUCUCAUGCCUGGUAGAACAGUCUCAGACGCAUGUCCUCUCUAUUGGCGAAAAGGCCAUGAUGACAGGCAUCGCGUCGGUGGGUCUUGCUAAUCUAGCAAAUCUUCACAAUUCACAUCCCUUCCGAAUCUCUUCAAGAAGUGAGUAUACGACUGCUUUGCAGUUGACAAAUGCUGCUCUCCGUGAUCCAGUGGCAGUGAAAGAAGACACCACGCUCACUGCGGUGGCUUGUCUCUCUUUGUAUGAAAUUAUCUGCUGCGACAAGGAAUCAUCCUUGCUAUCUUGGUAUGAGCAUGCACGAGGCAUCGCCGCCCUACUUGAACUUCGUGGGGAGGAACAGCUCCAUCGUGGAACCGGUUUGCAAAUGUUCCAAGUCUUGAGAAAUGAAGUGCUUAUUGGUUGCCUGCAAAAGCGAACACGAAUGCCUCCUACACUCAUCAGGACUCCACAUCGGCCAAAUUCCACUGCUCAGAGUUAUUGUGCUGAUAGGCUGGUGGAGAUUGCCGCCGGUCUAUGCGAUCUCCAAUUUCAAAUGAGCGAGGGAGCAGUCACUGACAGCGCCAGAAUCCUUACGCUCGCCAUGAAGCUUGAAUCUGAUUUAGAGGAUUUCAGCAAGGAGCUUUCUGCUGAGUUGCCCUACUUGAUCAGCCUGCGAACCAAAUCCCAGAUCUCUCAAGAGGAGGCGGUAAACGCGGUCAGUCAUUACAAUGGAUAUUACCAUGUGUACCCGUCCAUGUGGGCGUGCAAUACUUGGAACAAUUACCGGUACAUUCGAAUUCUCGUCAACAGCUUAAUUCUGGCACAGUUACAACAAGUGACGUUCCAUCCUGAGCGCAGCCCAGUUACCCCGGGCAUAAAGAGUCUUUGCCGUCAUGUCCGCGCUCUCUUAAGGCAAUUGGCGACGGAUAUCUGCUGCGCGGUUCCGUACAAAUUUGGCCUUGCCCAGGAGGCUGAGAGACAAACACUGGAUCCCUUGGUAGCCAAAGCCGGUACUGGGUUCACUCUGCUUUUGCCCCUCUAUCUUGCUUCGCUUGUCGAUGGAGUGUCGAGCCCUGUCCACGCUUGGGCCAUGAGGUGCCUCGGCAUCAUCGGUCACAAGAUGGGCAUCCAGACGGCUGUAUCCCUUAUGACUGUGCUCGAGAGGGAGCAAGGUUGGACGGGCUGGAUCGACUUGCUAGAUGGUGAAUGGGAUAAAUAGAUGUACAUGAUGAAAGGCCUGCGUGCCUAAGGCAUCACAAGACAGCGGAGACUCAAUUCACGUGACGCACCGCCGUGUAUCAUUUAAAAGAGUUUUCCUCCGCGCCGCAGGGAAGAAUUUUUUUCUUUUUCUUCUU